AUGCAUCUUUUCUUCCCGGCAAACAAUGUGGAAAGCCGUGACGCCUUAACCUCAGAGACCUUGCUUGCAUUGCAAGUCACCGAGAUGAAAGAUGGAGUUUUCAUCAGUUUCGGUUAUAACCACAUGGUGGCUGAUGGUUCUUCGUUCUGGAGUUUCUUCCACACUUGGUCCAACAUUUGUCGGACCGGUUCCGGUCAUAACUUUCAGCCUCUUUCUCUCAAAGAUUGGUCUCUUGACAAUAUUGAUUACCCGGUACGUAUACCGGUUUCAGAGAUGGAGAGGCCACAAAAUUGUGAGAAUCCAGCUAAAGAGAGAAUUUUUCACUUCUCAAAGAAGAAAAUUUCAUAUCUCAAGGAGAAAGCCAACGACGAAGCUGAUUCCAUUGGUUCGAAAGUCUCUUCUCUUCAAGCGGUUGUAGCAUAUCUAUGGCUAGUAAUUCUCAAACACAGUGGUCUAAACAGAGAAGAGAAGACGCAAUGCAAAGUAGCGGCCGACAUGAGAAGGAGGCUAAACCCUCCGCUUGAGAAAGAGUGUUUUGGGAACGUGACCGAUCUCGCGAUAGCUACGACCACCGUGGGAGAGGUUUUGGACCACGGUCUAGGCUGGACCGCUUUGCAAAUAAGUAAAUCGGUGAGGUCACAAACGAAUGAAAGUUAUAAUGCUUAUGCAGAGAAUUGGGUUAGAAAUGUUGAGGUGCCAAAGAUAGGGGUUGGAAGUAGAAUGGCUGAUAAUUCUUUGAUCGUCGCAAGCUCUCCAUGGUUUGACGUGUACGACCAUGAUUUCGGUUGGGGAAAACCGGUCGCGGCUCGAGCUGGACCGAGUAAUGGUGUUGGUGGUUUGCUCGUAAUGUUUCGUGGGGUUGAAGAAGGGAGUAUUGAUGUUCAUACGAUCUUGACUUCGUCAUUAUGGUCUGAUGCACUAGCUAGUGAACCUACUCUUUGA